AUGGCAGCCCGCACCCUCCGCAUAGGCCUCAUCCCCGGUGACGGCAUCGGCCGCGAAGUCAUCCCAGCCGGACGCCGCAUCCUCGAGGCCCUGCCCUCGUCAUUCGGCCUCAAGUUCAGCUUCUCACACCACGAAGCCGGCUUCGAGACGUUCCAGAAGCGAGGAAAGGCGCUGCCUGACGAGACGGUAGAGGCGCUCAAGAGCGAGUGCGAUGGUGCGCUUUUCGGUGCUGUGUCGUCCCCAACGACCAAAGUAGAAGGCUACUCAUCUCCUAUCGUCGCCCUCCGCAAGCGCCUCGCCCUCUACGCCAACGUGCGCCCUGUAAAAUCCACGCGCUCCGCCGCCCGCCCCGUCGACCUUGUCAUCGUGCGCGAAAACACAGAGGAUCUCUACGUAAAAGAGGAGAAGACGUACAACGCUCCGGACGGCUCGCGCAUUGCCGAGGCAAUCAAGCGCAUCUCGGAGACGGCGUCGUCGAACAUCGCGGCGAUGGCGGGCGACAUUGCGCUGCGCAGACAGCGCGUAAGGGAUUCUGGACUUGCCAGCAUACAUAACCGCGGACUGGUCACCAUCACGCAUAAGUCGAAUGUGCUGAGCCAGACGGACGGGCUGUUCAGGGAGGUCAGCAGGAAGGUCCUCGGCGCGGAGAAGUACCAGAUGCUCGAGAUCGAAGAGCAGAUUGUGGAUUCCAUGGUGUACAAGCUGUUCCGCCAGCCGGGCGAUUACGACGUCAUCGUCGCGCCGAACCUGUACGGCGACAUUCUGUCCGACGGUGCUGCGGCGCUGGUUGGUUCGCUCGGACUCGUGCCCUCCGCAAACGUGGGCAAAGACUUUGUCAUUGGCGAGCCGUGCCACGGAUCUGCGCCUGAUAUCGAGGGCAGGGGCAUUGCGAACCCCAUUGCGACCAUCAGGUCCACUGCGCUUAUGCUGGAGUUCCAGGGCGAGGAGCGCGCCGCGGCGAAGAUCUACGAGGCGGUUGAUGCGAACCUUGAGGAGGGCAAGCUUCUAACACCUGACAUGGGCGGCAAAGCGACGACCGAGGAGGUCAUUGAAGACGUUUGCAAGAGGCUGUAG